GGAGAUGGGAUAUAUCAAACUAUGCAACCUUGGGCUCUUCCAUUCCUCAUAUAAGAUGGCCUCCUACUGAGGCUCUGUCCCUUGCACAAGAGCAGCUUUCUGUUGAGGGGUUUGUCAGAGAAUUCAAAGAUGAACUGGGUUUCCAGGUGGUAGCCUCUGCUGAAGGAGAAGUCAAAGUCUUUAAAAGCUGAAGGAGGUUCAUUUGGGCAGUGAGAAUUUAUUUGCUUCUUGAUGAGUUCUUUGCCUUGUCUUUGGGGCUAACAUUCUCUUAGCUUGGUUUCUUUCUCGUUGUCUCCCACUCCUCACAACCCAAUUUACUGUCAUGGAGGCUUCACAGCCCACAGGAGAUGCAGAAGAGUGUAGCAGCAGCGAGUCUGGGUGGACCAUGUAUCUUGCAUCCCCCAUGCAUGAUAAUGGUGAUAGUGAUGACCAUGACGAUCUUGAAGAAGAUGAUGCCAGAGGUGAAGAUGAUGAUGAUGAUGGUGAUGGUGGUGGCAGUAACAAUAACAGCAGUGUUGGUAAAGAUGAAGGUGAUGAAGAAGAUGAUGACUCCAUGGCUUCUGAUGCUUCCACAGGACGAGCUCACAACAAGUAUUCUUACAGAAAAAGUGAUGGCAUCAAGGCUUUGGAUCAUCCCAAGCCUGAUGAAGAAAGUGAUGGGGAUUAUAGCCAGCCUUCUUCACAUUUGUGCAGGAUAUUUCCCAAGCUGAAGAAGAAUAGAGAUGGAAAAACUAGAAAUCCUUUUCAAAGAGAAGCUGGUUCUACCUCCUCACAGAACAACCCCAAAGGGAGUAAACCCAACUUGAGUCAUAAAUGAUUUUGGCAAUGUAUCCUUCCUUCCUUGUUUUCUAAUGUAUCUUUUCUAUAUAUGAACAGACUUCUCUUUACUCCUCUGGAAAAGUACUUGAAAGGAAGAGCAUAUGGCUAGCUGCCGAAGCUCUUUCCUCCAGUACAAGCUUUUGAAGCGUUUCACUGUACUUAAAAUAACAUAGGGCCUUGUCUAAUUACCUAACUUUGCAAGCCUAUUUUGAGCUAGAAAUUUUUGCAUGCCAUUAUUCUGCACCACAGACACUCUGAGUGUUGUUUAUAUUUUCAGCCAGAAUUAGAAGGAAAAUUUUUGAAAGAGAUUAUACUCUAUCUGAAGA